AUGGACUCGACGCUGCCACCCACACCGUCUUCAACAAAAAAGCCAGCGGCAGCUUAUAGCGGGAGCCAACAGCAACAACAGCAAAAGAACACAGAGAAUACCCCAAAUAGUAACAAUACCAGUGUCCCUUCUUCAGGGCAGCAACAACAGCAGCAGCAGCAGCAAAAGACGUCAACAAACAAAAAGACAACAGCAUCAUCAUCCACAGUCCUGGCGCCACCCAAUCCAGAUCUGCUACUCCAGGGCAUUGGCGAAUACAUGUUUGUGGAGCCUUUGGGCCAUGGAAAAUUCAGCAAGGUCAUGCUUGCCGAACAUUAUCUCACUGGGGAAAAAUAUGCCGUCAAGAUUAUCGAUAAACGAGUCCAUGAUUACCGUAUUCUUUCACGGCUGAUUCGAGAAAUUGCAUUAAUGGAGGCACUCGACCACGACAAUAUUGUCCAUCUAUACGAGACGAUUGAAACAGCUGACUCCCUCUUUCUGAUCAUGGAGUACGUGCCAGGCGUUAAUCUUGACGAGUACUUGCAGCAGCAAACGAAUCGAGCAUUGUCCGAAACCGAAGCACGUGCCAUCUUCCGUCAAUUGGUCGCCGCUGUUGAUUAUAUCCAUUAUCGAUGGGUCGUGCACAGAGAUCUGAAGGCACCUAACAUUCUACUCAAGCCCGAUGGCCAAGUCAAAUUGGCUGAUUUUGGUUUGGGCAAUCGAUUUGGAUUGCAACGCCUCAAAACUAUCUGCGGAAGCAUGUUGUACUAUAGCCCGGAGAUCAUCACUGGCCAAAAAUAUGUUGGACCUGAAAUCGAUUGCUGGUGCCUAGGCAUUCUUCUGUUCCGAAUCACCGCAGGACACGAACCGUUUGGUCAUGCGCGCACUGUGGGGGAACUGAAAAAGGAUGUUGUAAGCGGCAAUUAUCCCAUGCCGUGUCACCUCAGCGAAGAUUUAAAGUCCACGAUCCGCAAAUGCUUGUCCCUUGAUCGGAGGAAGCGGUUGGGCGUACGCCAAGCGCUUCAAGGCGACCCUUGGUUGAACGAUCACGGACGGCUGGAAGAUCCUUUCAGCCGAAACAGCAAUAACAACCUGAAUGCCGAAGAGGCCAUUCGUCUACGCACAGACCGCGAGCGGUCUCGGCGGCAAUAUUUGCGAGAUAUGGAAGAGGAGAAACGAAAAGGCCUGCGUAUUCGCAAGACGGCCAUCUACCACCCGGUCAAUACUACCGUCUAUUUCACUGGCAGCGUAGCACAUAGUGCCAUAUCCAGCGUGGAUGAAAAUUUCGACAAGGUUGAGUUAAUGCGCGCAAACUUAUUUCAGGAAAUCCGG